AUGGCUGGUGUUAAUGAUGAUUCUGUACAGAUGAAGGCGGGUGAUGUUGACGGUGAUGAUGGCGAUGUUGGCGAUGAUGAUGGUGAUGAUCAGGAGGCGGAAAAUCAUACUGCCUGUCGUUACCUGAUGCAUAUAAACGUUGCGAUCGUGUCUGUGGGGGAGCAGAAACAAGGUCAUUCAUCUGGAGGAACCAAGGACCAAGAACAGGACCCCAACCUCAAAGAGUUCCAGAAGUCCACACUGCGUUAUGCAAACCUGAAACUAGGACCAAGCACUUCUAAACAGAGCCAGGAACCAAAGCUCCUCUCAGAACAAAAUGUACGGGGUAUCCGGUUCCACGUGCGCUCCCUUGGCUGGGUGGAGAUGGAGGAUGCGGACCUGUCGCCGGGCAAGAGCAGUCUGGCGGUCAAUAACUGCAUACGGCAGCUAUCCUAUCGCAAGAACGACAUCCGCGACACGGCCGGGAUCUGGGGAGAGGGUAAAGACAUGUACAUGGUCUUAGAGGACGAGUACCUGAAACUCACGGACCCUAACGACUCCACCAUCCUCAACUCCCAGCACGUGUGCAGCAUCCGAGUCUGGGGUGUCGGACGCGAUAACGGAAGAGAAAGGGACUUUGCCUAUGUAGCCAGGGACAAAGUCACCAAGCGCUACAAGUGCCACGUGUUUCGAUGCGAUAUCCCGGCUAAGGCCAUCGCCAACGCGCUGCACGAAAUCUGCGCCAAGGUGAUGAGCGAGCGCCAAAAGGGCAACACAAUCUCCAUGGUAACUCAAGGUCAGAUGAUCAGACAACAACAGCAACAACAACUGAUGCAAAUGAAGAGUAUUUCGCUAGACAGUAGCAAGGAUGCCACCCACACACCAUCAGCAGGUGUGGACUUCCCUACGCCCAAGAUGGAGCCCAUUACUGUCUUCCGUGCAAACUAUGUGGGAAGUACAUCUGCACUCAAGCAAUCAGGCAUGGAUGUGCUGAAUGAUGCCAUUGAUAAGGUGGUUGGAAUGGUCAGUGAAGACCAGUGGACACCGGUCAGGAUUGAAGUAGCUGUUUCAACGGUCACUGUCACAAGUGUGAAGACCAAAGAAACAGUUGCCGAGAACAGGAUACGGUUCAUGUCAUUCCUAGGCAUCGGUAAAGACAGCAGACACUUUGCAUACAUCAUGUGUAUUGGGAAGAACAAGUUCCAGUGUCAUGUCUUCACCUGUGAGCAUUCCGCUGGGGGUCUGGCUAAGGCAGUUGAAGCAGCAUGCAAGCUGAGGUAUCAGAAGUGCUUGGAUGCAAACCCCAAAGGAUCACAAGUCAAUGCAGCCGAUGGCAAGACGUGGGGCUGUGCACUCAAAACUGGCAUCCAAUCCAUCUUCACCAAGUUUGGAACGAUGAGGAUACAGGGCAAAGAUGCUCCAAUCAGUGCCGUCUAGGGCAUCCAGCCAAUCAACGAUGCGUUGCCUAGCAACCAACAGUCUUGGAGGUGGUUCCGUUAAACAACGUCAAGAGCCGUUUCCCCAUUCUUCUGUACUCAACACAUUCUAUAAAUACUAUGUGAUGUUGAUGGUGAUGAUGUUUUCAAGCAUUGAUCUUGGAAGUGCUGAUUUUCUGUGAGCCAGAUGACGUGCAGUGUUUUGUCAUAUGCUUGUGUUAUAUGAUGUGAGAGAGAGAGAGAGAAUGAGAGCACUGGCAAUCUGUAUGUUUCUAUAAACAUGUAUCUUAUGUAUGAGGCUUAAUUGCAUGAGAAAUCAACUAAUUACAUUGCAUAUAUAUUGAUGUUGUAAAUGUUUGAAAAGAUUCAUUCUUGACUAGAACUCAAUUAUCUUGAACCAAAAUAAAACAAUUUGUUAGGAAUAUUUGGACAAAAAUAUUAAAGGGUGGUUAUAGUCGGGUUGGGUCAAUUUAACUAUGUAAUAACUAGUUGAUUGAAUAUUACUGUUGAAAUAAUGCAAUUUAAGUACACGACACAACUGCAGAAUAAGAAGGUGUAUUGAAUAUAGCCCUCUUGAAUAAAUGAUGCUUUUAAGAAGAUUAACAUGUGAACUAUCUGUACAUAUCAUUGCACUGGAGAGCAGUAUAAUUAUCUACUUGGAUAUUUAUCACUUUAUCGUAUGCACUGUAACAUAAAUGUGAGCUUUAUCGUGUCAAUUUUCUGUUAAUCCGCCUUCCCAGAAGGCCAUAUGAGUGACGAGAAGCAAACUUGAGGGAGAAGACGAGAGAGUGUCUCUUCUUAUUUAUACCGUUCAUGUGUGCUGUUCCGUGCAAUUGUAAGAACAUUGAAAAUGUUCACUGUUUUAAGGUGUUGUGAUAUGUACUUUAUUGUAUUAUAUAUAUAUAUAUAUUAACUCAAAAGGCAAAUUUAGCAUAUAAAUGACAUUUUCUGAGGCCGCAGUAUUUUAACCAGUGCUGUGCUGUAUACAUAUGAUAUAGCUUUAUUGUAGUGGUUGUGAUGGUGGUAGAGGUAGGUAGUAGAUAUAUGUACAUUUGUGAAACUCAAUAUUACACGGUCAAGCUGCCCGCCUCACACGAGGGCGUUCUCACUUCUGCUUGUAAAUAAUGGGUCAGUUCACACACUGAAAGAAGUCGCAUCAUUUAGUCAAGUGGAUUAAUAGGACAACGUUUCAUCCGAAUUGUAAUUUCAAUACUUUGAGGUCAAAUUCAUGACUGUCAAAAUCUGCUUGCUACUGAUACCCUUACGAAAUUCUAACAUGUGAAUAAGUAUUUUGAAUAAAGCAUUGUUUACUGGACAGCGCUAUACUUAGCUAUAUCAUCUCAUCAAAUUGUUAAGAUAAUAUAGCCAAGCAAAGACUAAAGAAGCAUCUUCUCUCUCCGUGCCAUUAACAUCUGCGCACUUCCUGCCCGGUUGGCUCCCACUGUGGCGUUGGGCAGUAUACCUAAAGAAGAAGAAGCUAAUUAAGAGUAGCUUGAGUAUGCUUCUCAGCAGUCUUUUUGAUGAAGGGAUCAACAUUAUUUUACGAUACAGAAAACCUAAUGUAAAGGGUCUAAUAAAAUGAAGGACUGGAUACAGCUGAUUUAAAUUAUAAUUUCACUAUUUCUGGAUUCAUUCGGUGACAAUAGAACAGGGAGGAAGCACUGUUGUGAAGAAUCGUUAUUAUACUGUACAUGAACUCAGUGCAGCAGAGAAGUAGCAGGCUCUGAAUUUGAAAGGAGCCAAAUGAAAAAUUCUUUUAUUGGGGAUAGGAGAGGAGACUAUAUUUAGGUUAGUAGAUUUGAAGAUAGAGGACUUCUGUUUUUAGUUUUGACAAAGGGAGAAACGAGUCCCCAAGCAGCUGGAAUUUUUGAUGACCGCAAAUGCCUUGUUUUUUGUCCCUGAAUUACAGUGCGAGUGUACCCAGGUACACAAACUGGUCGAUGACUGUCGGUGGCCAAACAUUCAUGUAAUUGGAAAAGCUGCACGUUUGUAUACUUCGGUAGUAACUGUAAAAGAAAGUUAAACCUGUAUUGGAGUCAUAUGCUCAUUGUGUACGCAGAUUCAGUUGAAAAUUCGCAAGAAGCGCACACAUGUAUUUUACAGUGUAGAGUACUAAUUAGAUGCAUGAAAUCAAUUAGGUCAAACUCACUGUGGAUAUAUAUAUAUGGACUAACUUCAAACUUCUACAUGGCAUUUCUAGUAGACAUAAAAUGCAGUGCUCUGUCUGUUUUGUGGAGUGAAUAUAGUAGAAAUAUUUAGACCAGUAGAUGCUUAUCGACUUCUCAAAGAGUUUAGAAAAAAAUAUAUAUUGUGAAAUAUAAUGGCAUACAAAAAUCUAAAUAUAUGUAUAUCUUAGAUGUUGUUGUGAUGGUGAUGUGUGUGUGUAAAACUUGCCAUUAGUUAAUCUAUUGCCAAAUGUAAAUGUAGGUAUUUCUCUUUAUUCUGAUUCAGAUAUAAAAUCAGCACAUCACAAUUUUACACUGAUAAUCAUAAACUCAAAACAUGACGCGAGCCAGAUACAGCUUAUCGAGAUAGACAUGAUAUAUUUAAAAAGGCAUGUCAAGAUUUGACUGUGAAUAUUGAAAAAUAUUGUAAUGAUUUCUCAGAAAAUGGAUUUACUUCGUGCAGAAGGAUUUUAAAAUCAAUGUUAAAUUUCUCUGAGAUGGACAUAACAUAUUCAUCUUUCUUCAACCAAAUAAAGUCACAUAUGUCAUCGAAGUAAGGUGCAAUAGCGCCAUCAGGAAUUUAACAACUCAAUGCCUUCACUGUUGACACACAUACCUGUUUUUAAGUAUCUUGGAAGAGAAGUAGGUUGCUUGUCAACAAACGGAACGGCCGAUAGGUAGAUUAUUCGUAAAGUACUUACAAAUUGCUUCUGUAAAUAGCGCCAAAAUUCAUGACACAGUCUUUGUCAUUCAUCACAAUGAACCAUAACACUCUAGUGGUUGUGUAAUAUGUGUUUGCCUAAAAAAUCAUCAGAAAUCUCACCAUUUAUCUGUAUAUAAAUCAUUCAUAUCUUUGUAGUGUACAUAUCUUUGUAAAAAUAAAAUAAUGUGUGUUACAUUGACUUGACAUUGUAAGAUGUUGAAAAGUGAACCAUUGCACUCAAACAACCAUUCAACAAUCCAGUGUAGCUAGAGCGACUUGCAGCACCAGAUGUGGUAAAUCUUAUUGUAGCUUGUAUCUUACAGUAGCAUGUUGCACCACUAGUAUGUGUUA